AUGAACAUCAAAGUAACUUAUAACAAUAUUACUCAUAAAGUUAGACUUUCUAACGAAACAAAUUGGGACUCUCUUAAAGUUCAAUUAUGCGAUUUAUUUAAUAUAUCGGAUGAAUUUUCUAUUUAUUUAUCCUACACGGACAAUGAUGAUACUAUUAUUACACUUUCCAGUGACUCAGAACUUAGACAAAUUCUAUCCGAUCAAGUUUCAAAUAUGAAAUUUGUAUUAUCGACUACACAAGAAAAUUUAGACAGUGACUGGAUUGAAGUUGAUAAUGAUUCAAGAAAUAAUUUAGUCAAUGAAAACAUUGGAAUAAUACAAGUUGAAAGUAAAUCUGAGCAAGAUUCUACUGAACAAUCAGCUGAAACUUCUAGUAAUAAUUCACAGAUUAUUUCCAGAAACCAUGAAGUUGACGGUGAUGAAAUUAUUCAAGAGUUUUUCAAUGUAUGGUCGCAAUCCUCUUACAGUUAUAAUACUCGCUUGGGUUUAUUCAAGCGCCAUUUAUAUUUAAUUUUCGGCGAUUGCAAAACAAACGCAUACAUAUACAUUCCGCCGCAAUAUAAUCAAGCCACUGUAGGUGCACAAUAUUUCGAUUACAUUGUCGGACCUCGUAAAUAUCAGGCAAUAGACAUUUUUAAUCAAUUGAAAGAUGUAAUGAAGAAGUUAUUAGAAAAUAUAAAAAGAAUGAAGGGAAUAACAAGAUUGAUUUUUUUAACGUUUGUUUUCUUUGCAUUCAUUAAAUUGAUAUCUAUUACAGUCCACUAUGCAAAAAUCGGAUUGAUGUGGGUUGGAUUUUUUACAGUUAUUAAAUAUAUUAAGAAUUAUUUAAAUGGAGAAGAAUCUUCUAAGGAUGCGCUAGAAUUUGGAAAGCGACAUUAUGGAAAUAUGAAGAAUGUUAUUGGUGAAUUAUUAGAAUAA